CUGCUGGAUUGUACAUUAUCCGACGUUGAAUACAGUGCCCUGCUCACAGGGUCCGAGAGUUGGGACAUGUUCGGGCUGAGCUCGGGACGAUUGUGUUAGGGAGAGAAAAAGUCGCCUACUGAGAUCCAUCUCGAGCAGAGAGAGUCAAGGUGGAAUUUUUCCCGGACUUCCAGCAGAAAAGCCCUGGAUAACCAUUUUCCCGCUGGCUAAUCCAACAUGGAUUUUGUAAUGAAGCAAGCCCUUGGGGGGGCCACGAAGGACAUGGGGAAGAUGCUUGGGGGUGAGGAGGAGAAGGACCCCGACGCCCAGAAGAAGGAGGAGGAGAGGCAGGAGGCUCUGCGCCAGCAGGAGGAGGAGAGGAAAGCCAAGCACGCCCGCAUGGAGGUCGAGAGGGAGAAAGUCCGGCAGCAGAUCCGAGACAAGUAUGGCCUGAAGAAGAAGGAGGAGAAGGAGGCCGAGGAGAAGGCGGCCCUGGAGCAGCCAUGCGAGGGGAGUCUGACCCGCCCCAAGAAAGCCAUCCCGGCGGGCUGCGGGGGCGAGGAGGAGGAGGAGGAGGAGGAGAGCAUCCUGGACACAGUGCUCAAAUACCUCCCCGGCCCUCUCCAGGACAUGUUCAAGAAGUAAUCCGGGCCUCCGGGCCUCCUCCCCGUCACCCCGACCCCUCUCCCCCUCACCCCCACUUUUAUUUUCAUCCCUUUGAUAUCUUCCCCUCCCUCUUUUCUGUUCAAACAAAAUCUCCAAGGGGAAACAUCUGGAUGGGUCUCCCCAUCCUCCCGCCCGCCUGCCCAAGGAGGACCGGGGAACUGCCAGGAUGCCAGGGUCCCCUAAGCCCCCCUCCCACCCAGGGGCUGGGGUGGAGGGGGGAACUGCCAGGAUGCCAGGGUCCCCUGAGCCCCCCGCCCACCCCGGGGCUGGGGUGGAAGGGGGGGGAGAUGCCAGGAUGCCAGGGUCCCCUGUCCAUCUGGGGUGGAUGGCAACCCAAACCAAAUAGAAACCACUUGCUCACCCUGCAGCCCGGGCCCAGGGCUGGGGGGGGCCUCGAAGACCCCUGCCCCCCCAAAAAAACCUCUCACUCACCCUCAGCCCAGCCCCAGAGGGGGGCGGGGGGGUGGCAGAAUGAGGGCAAAAUGGACCAAAGGGCCUGGGGCUGGGGUCGUUGCCCCGGCAACGGGGUCAGGCCAAGGACCAAACUCAGCGGAGGGUCUAGGGACAGCCGGGGGGGCGAGAGACCCCCGCCCCAGGCCCACCCCAGACCACCCUGACGCUUGGGGCAACCCUGCCGGGGGGGAGAUAGACACCCCUCCCUCCCCAUCUCAGCAGGGGCUCCCCCAAAUUCCACCCCCCUUCCUCCAGGGCAGUUUCCCCUUUUUUCCUC